AUGUCGCCAACGGGUGUCUGUUUCACUCCACAUGUGCAUAUUAAACAGACUAUUGAACAAAUGAGUAUUGUUCAAGCUGCUGACUCUAUCGGAGUGAUCACUGAUGAGAAAAGUUAUACAGCUCCUCCACCACCUCCAGCGGCUGCUCUUCUUCGCAUUUCACCCAUUGCCUACUUCUAUGCGAAUCAUUUACCUUCAAUCCGUCUUCAAGUAAUUACCAACUGCAUUCGAGCAAUGUUUGGUCAAGAGAUAUCUAUAGAAAUCUUUGUCGUCUAUAUUGAACUACUUGUCAGCGCUCUUAACGGCCAAGCAAAAGAGAAAAUACUCCAGUCAAUUCAUAUUCCAAUAGGUCAAUGUGAUCCUAUGAGUACUGCCUUGAUUAAAUUGAUCGAUGUUCUUCAAAACGAUAACAAUGAUAUUAAACAGGGUGUCCAACAAGCGCUCACUUUCAAUCAAUCGGCAGAACAAGAAUGCAAAUGGCUCAAUCCUUAUGAUUCAAAUCAGACACUUAUUGUUACACUCUAUCUUCAAGUCGGUGGUGCACUAUAUUAUAAAACGAUUCCUUCCGAAUGGUUCACUCGUGUAUAUGCAAAAGAAACUUUAACUGCGUUAGUAAAAUGGCUCGACUAUGAACGUCAGUCGAAACAAGUCGAGGAAAAAGACUCAUCGUAA